GCCUUCUUUUAAGAAUUCAAAUCACUAUUAGUUUGCAUGCUUGAUAUUUUCUUUCUUUGUUUCUUGAUUGAUGGACAAUAAAUGCGGUCUUACCGUCGAAAAUUCUGAUCGAGUCGGGUUUUUCAGAUUGGAUUUAAGUCCAAGAUUGAAUCAUCAAACUAAGGAUAUUAUGUUUCCUGUGAAUCCGUCGCCGGUUGACGAGAAACCAAUCGCUUUAGGUGCAGUAGACUUCUUUUCAGAUAAGAAGAAGCCUAUUGCUGAUCAUACUGGCUUGCAACUUGUUACUGCGGUUGAAGACAGGAUUUCAUCGGAUCAUGUGGAGGAUAAGCCAGCCAAGAAUGAAUUGUCACAAUUGCAAGUAGAGAUUCAACGAAUGAAUUCCGAUAAUCAGAAAUUAAGAGGGAUGCUUACUCAGGUCAACAACAAUUACAAUUCACUACAUUUGCAGUUUGUAGAAUUUAUGCAGCAACAAGAAAAUUCAAAAUCAGAUAGAUCAGAAAAGGAAUUGUCAAGGACUAAAAGGAUUGGAAGGGAAGAGAGCCCGGAAUCGCAUGGCUUAGCUUCUAAAAAGGUUCCAAAAUUGAAUCCCUAUCAAACCCCCGAGGCUACUAUGAGGAAAGCUCGGGUUUCAAUUCGAGCGAUAUCAGAAGCUCCGAUGAUAUCCGAUGGAUGCCAAUGGAGAAAAUAUGGACAAAAAAUGGCAAAAGGAAAUCCAUGUCCACGAGCUUAUUACCGUUGCACUAUGGCGGUUGGUUGUCCCGUACGCAAACAAGUACAAAGAUGUGCCGAAGACAAAACAAUCUUGAUUACUAGCUAUGAAGGUACACAUAGUCAUCCACUGCCUCAGGCCGCCAUGGCUAUGGCGUCCACCACCUCUGCCGCCGCCAAUAUGCUCCUUUGCGGCUCCACCACGGGUGCUGAUGGAUUGUUGAAUACAACUUUUCCGGCGAGAACUAUUCUUCCUUAUUCGUCUAACAUUGCUACAAUUUCAGCCUCUGCACCAAUUCCUACCGUCACAUUAGACCUCACACAACCUCCAAAUUCAUUACAACAGUUCCAAAGAACUUCACCUGCCCAAUUCCAAGUCCCUUCGCCACUGCCAACUCCACCAAUUGCUCAAGUUUUCGGGUCGAAAUUUUCAGGGCUCCAGAUGUCUCAGGAUAUCGAAACUGCCUUGCCAAGCCAGGCCGAACUCCACAAGUCUUUUACCAACACGCUUAGUGCUGCCGCAGCAGCCAUUACAGCUGAUCCUAAUUUCACCGCCGCCCUGGCCGCCGCAAUCACCUCCAUCAUCGGUGGCACACAUCCGAACAUCAGUGACAACACAACCAACGACAAUUCCAACGUUAAUGCAAGUAGCAGUAUUCAAUAAUUAAAGCAGCACUUUACAUUUUUUAUUUUUACAAACUUACAUCAAUUUUCUUGUUUUUUUUUUCACACGUGUUCCGAUUGGAUAAAGUUACUUUAAUAGAAAGCUUGACAUAAUUUGCAUGUAGAAGAAAGUGAUUAAAUGAAAAAGUUGAUUAUGUCUAAAAUUGUUCAAUGAUAAAAUAUUAUGUGAUAUUAUGUCAAACUUUAUAUUCCUGUAACAUAAUUUGUUUCAAUUAUUGUUAACAACCUUUUGCUUUUA